AUGGACAAAUAUCGACCAAAGAGACCAACCACCCUGGCUCUGUUCCCACAGCUGCCACAAGCCGGCACCCAGGACUCCAUCAACAACAACUCUUUGGGCAAGAAGGACAGCUGGAAGGACUCCCACUCUUCUUCCCCACACAUCACAGGGGAUCUAACACCAGUGGAUGUCCAACCAAAAGCGGAGGACAAAGUCCGGCACAGCACGCACCGCCCAGCCCCCAAACCCCCUACAGCCAAUGGAGCCCACAGCAGGUCCAACAGCCAGGCCGCUGCCACCGCCGCAGACACACGCGCUCGACUGCGGGAGAGACAGGCGUCCGGGGCCACGCACACACAGUCCUCCAGCGCCCCGAGGAGUCAGCGGAGAGGAGGAGGAGGGGGAGGAGGAGGGAGAGGGGGAGGAAGAGGAGCGACAGCGAUGAAAGAUAGGAGCCUGGGGGACAUCAGAGGAAAGGAUGGAGUGACGGCAGGGAAGGAGGAGAGAAGAGGAGGAAGACUGUGUGCGGAGUCCAAGGCGAAGGAGAAGGAGCGGAAUGUACAUCAGAGGCCAAGAGAAACAAAUGGACCGAAAAGCCGGGGGGCUGAUGGGAAAGGAAAAGUAGUUGCUAAAGCGGGUAACAGAGGAGGGGGAGUCAAGCCAAAUAACGUACUGAUGAACCAGGAAGUUUAUCUGACAGCCAUGGUGGUUCCACGCACACCUGUAGCUCCAAGAACCCAGGACAAGACCCAAGACCAAGUACACGCCUGCCAAAGCCAUGACAGGAGCCAGGAUAACCCCCCUGCUCUCUCCCGGUCCAGCAGCGAGGGGGGGUCAAACAGAAUGUCCCUCAGCUCAGACACAGAGGGCCCGCCACCGGGGCCUCUGCAUCCCUCUUUAUCCAACCGAACCAACCCUGACAUCAGUGAGGAGGAGGGGGAGGGAGACCCCACCCCCUGCGUGAACGUUCAGAAUGGUCCGACCCGCUGCCUCGCAGGUGAUGAGAAAACAAAGAUGGACUUUACCAAGUCAGAGGUGGACGCAGGGGGAGGCAAAGGUGACAGUAACACUGAGGUGAAAGGCACCAACUCCGUCACUCAGGGAGAUUGUGUGGCUGCUUGGACUGUACCAAAGAGUGAAGCUACAGCAGGGUUGAAUUAUGACUCUGUUAAAUACACUCUGGUGGUCGAUGAACACGCUCAGUUGGAGCUGGUCAGCCUCAAGGACUGCUUGCAUGGUUACAGUGAGCACAAUGACGACAGCGAUGGAGAGACCGUCUAUCAGUCAGCCAAUGAGGAGGAAGACCCAGAGUAUGAGGAGGAGAGGAAGAGGAAAGAGGAGACAAGGAAGCAAGGUGACAAUAAAGAAGAGGAGGAGAAGAAGAAGAGGUGGGAAGAGGAUGUGAAGAGGAGGCGGGAAGAGGACAUGAAGAGAAGGAGGGAAGUUGUAGCAAGGAUCUCUAAGCAGUCCAAGGUUACGUCAGCCACAACCUCAGAGGAAGAGGAUUCUCACGGAGGAAGACCUGGAGCUCUCAGAAGCAGGAAGUUCCUCAACCUGUUUGCCAACAACAGCAGCAGCCACUACAGCGCCACUGGGGCUGGGUCAUUCGGUGUGUUCUCCUGUGUUUUGGAUGGAGUGGAGAGACAGCAGAGCCACAGAGCUGUCUACAGGUUUGUCCCUCGUCAUGCAGAUGAGCUUUACCUAGAGACAGAUGACCCGGUGUUAAUGCUGAACCAGUCUGAGGACUUGUGGUGUCAGGGUUACAACAUGAGGACCGGAGCUACUGGCAUUUUUCCGGCCUUCUACGCUCUCAAGGUGGCCAAAGAUAUUAACCCAGUCCAGAAAGACGGGUGGAUAGAGCAGUUCCUGGUGCGAUUCCUGGGUUCAGUGCAGGUCCCCAUCCACAAAGGCAACGACGUGCUGUGUGCUGCGAUGCAGAAGGUGGCGUGUAACAGGAGGUUAGCGGGUCCUCCUCCCUCAGCUUGUGUGUUGGAGGUCAGUGUGAAGGGAGUGAAGAUCAAUGUCCAGGACCAGUGUCACUCUGCUCACAGGGGGGAGCAAUGUUUCCACUUUUUCCAGUUGAAGAACAUUUCAUUCUGUGGUUGUCAUCCAAAACACAGCAAGUAUUUUGGUUUCAUCACAAAACACCCUGACCAACAGCGCUUCGCCUGUCACGUGAUGAUGUCAGACACAACAUUACAUCCUCUGGCCGAGUCUGUAGGGAGGGCCUUCCAGCAGUAUUACAAGGAGAACAUUGGCUACUCCUAUCCCACCGAAGACAUCUUCAUUGAAUAACACCUCUCCUCCAUCCUAUGUACUGAAUACUCACUCUGUGCAUGUAAGCUUGGUCUUACACCACAAACUGGACCACUGAUAUAUCUUCAUCAGAGUACUUGCAUGGUGGAUUUUCUUUUUUUCUUCGCUGCGUUCAGUGAUGCGGCGAGCCUUUCCUUCCUUUGGCCAAGUCACAAUAUGAAUACCUCUAUGGAUGGUUAGGAUCACAUGAGAUGUCCCCUACAGUGUGAGCAAGUGUAACAUAAAUCUACCCCAACUCAUACACAAAUAUCUGAUAUUGAUAUAUUUUAUAGGCUAAAAUUACUUAUAUGUAACUACACGUAAAUAUUGGAUGUAAAACCAUAUAGACAGCCUUCAGGGCUAUGGAGCCAGUUUAACGACAGAAUGUUUACAUCAUCAGUUUCUCAACUUGGAGCCAGAGCCAAAAUGGUAAUUGAUUAAUCAUCUGAGUCACAUAUCAAAAAAACGAGUGAUCAUCCAUUUAGCCACAGCAGCGCUUUGAGCUUCUGUAAAUGCUAACGUCAGCAGGUAUUAGGCGAUAAAUCAAACUAGAUAAAGAACAGUAACAUUGGAAUCCAACCUAUAGCUGUUGAGACAUCUCACUCAAAAUAAAAAAAAAGUGAUAUCUGUGAAGUCACACAGCUAACAUGGCUAAUAGAAUUGCUAAACAUUUGAUGGUUCCAGCUUCUAAAAUUAGAGGAUUUGCUGCUUUUCUCUGGAAUAUAUGAGCAUUUUUAAUCACUUUGGGCUCUUACGAUGAGCUUCUCUUAUUUUUGACAUUUUAUUAGACAUUGACAUUGACAUUUCAUUCUUUGCGUGAUCACACUUAAUAUUGUGACAUGAUGAGUGCACUUGAAUAAAAAUGAUCUGUAUCUGAAGCUUGAGUUCUAGAUUGCAGACAUAUGGCCCAUUUUGUCACUCCUAGCGACUUGUUUAAACAUAUCUUGUUAAACAUUGAGCACGCUAAGUGAACUUAAAUGUCCCAUAUUUUUUCUUUCCUGUGUUUUAUUUGAAGUGU